AUGGGGUCUUUUGGAGCAUUUGCGAAUAAGACAGUAACGGACGUUUCGAAGUCUUCUGGCGAAUUGCUCCCACACGAACUGGAAGCUCGCAAAAAGAUGGGAUUGCCUUUGAAAAAGCCUGCUCAGGCGUCUCCUCCAAAGCCCCCCACGACAACAACAAAAGACAACAACAGAAAUUCCACUCUUUCUCAGAACGGAUUUAAUGGUCAGGGUCAACGCCAGGGUCAAGGGAAAGGCAAAAAUCAGCGCGAGCCAAACGAUAACCAGCGACCGAAUCGAUCGAACGACAGGAAUAGAAAUACCGGACAGCAGCAGACACAGCAGCAACAAGGAGAAGCAAGGCCAGCCAGGACUCAGCCGAACCCGUUGUCGAGCUCUAUCUUGGCUGAAGCCUUCAAGACAGACCGCGCACCGGCUCCGGUAGCGACUCCCAGAUCCUGGUCUACCAAUGAAGCACCAAAACAGGCUACACCUUCCUGGGGUACCUUUAGUUCUCGAAAAGUCGACACGCAUGUACCUCUCGUGAAGAGUAAGACUGAAGUGAAUGCCUCCCAUAAUCAGACCAAGGGGUCGUCUGCGCCUACAAGUCAAAAUCAGGGCGAAGCUGUAUGGGGUCAAUUAAAACGCGCGGCACGCACGUAUGAUGAUGCACCGAAGGGCAAGAGUGCAGGCUUCUGGGACGCACUUGAAAGCAGAGUCACUAACAUCCGUGGCCGGCCAGGCCCCAGUGCCGCCCGCGAUCAAUCGCAAGCUCCAAUUCUGAGCGACGACUCUUGGCUUCAGCCACCCCAGCAGCAGGAAGAACAACCAAGACGCAAGUCCCGCUUUGAGAUUGAGGAAGACGAGAAAGAGAACAGAAGACGAGACAAGAAGGGUAAACGCCAGAAGAACACUCGCCAGAGCAACUACGAAGAUGAGGACAUGGACGACGAAACGAUUCGACGAUGGGAAGCAAGACAGCGCAAAAAAGCCGAGAAGGAUGCCAGGAAGCGUUUUGAAGAAGAAGCUGCGGCUGCACCAGUGCCCAUUUUCCUCCCAGAGUAUAUCAGUGUCUCCAACUUGUCUAGUGCUCUAAAGAUCCGCAUCGCGGACUUCUUGCAUGAUCUAGAGACCAUGGGCUUUGAGGAUCUUACUGAGGAUACAAUCAUGACUGGUGAUACGGCGGCUCUCGUUGCCCAGGAGUAUGGCUUUGAUCCCACAGUUGACACGGGUUCUCAACGUGAUCUCCAACCUCGACCGGUACCAGAAGAUACAUCUUCGUUACCGAGCAGGCCUCCUGUUGUGACCAUCAUGGGCCACGUUGAUCACGGAAAGACUACCCUUUUGGAUUGGCUGCGGAAGUCUUCGAUUGCUGCUCAGGAGCACGGUGGCAUCACACAGCAUAUUGGUGCUUUUAUUGUUCAGAUGUCGUCAGGCAAGCAGAUCACAUUCCUCGAUACACCAGGCCACGCUGCAUUCUUGUCCAUGCGUCAACGAGGCGCCAACGUCACAGAUAUUGUGGUGCUGGUUGUUGCUGCUGACGAUAGUGUUAUGCCGCAGACCAUUGAGGCGUUGAAACACGCCACAGCUGCUAAGGUUCCUAUCAUUGUUGCAAUCAACAAGAUUGACAAGGAAGAUGCUCGCGUCGACCAAGUCAAGGCCGAUCUUGCCCGCCAUGGUGUUGAGAUUGAAGACUUUGGAGGUGAUGUCCAGGUCGUUCCCGUCAGUGGAAAGACCGGUAAGGGCAUGGAAGACCUUGAAGAGAACAUCGUCACUCUGUCAGAAAUUCUUGAUGUCCGCGCUGAGGCAGACGGCAUGGCUGAGGGCUGGGUCCUUGAAUCUAGUGUCAAGCAAACUGGAAAGACUGCCACGGUACUGAUCAAGCGAGGAACUCUGCGUCUUGGUGAUGUUAUCGUUGCUGGCAAGUCGUGGGCCAGAGUUCGUGCUCUUCGCAACGAAGCUGGAGUCGAGAUCUCUGAAGCACCACCUGGAACUCCUGUCCAGGUCCUCGGCUGGCGUGAGCUACCUGAUGCUGGAGUACAGGUCCUCCAGGCGCCGGAUGAGGGCAAAGCCAAGACAGCAGUUGAGUAUCGAGAGGAAAUGGCCGAGAGGCUAGAGAGUUCUCAGCAACUCGCUGAACAGGAGCAACGCAUGCGCGAAAAGGAGGCUGCUGAAGAAGCUGCAGCAGCUGCAGAAGCCGAGGGCACUGAAGCAGCAGAACCUAUCAAGGCUGAGCCUGGCAUCAUCUUUCAGAACUUCAUCAUCAAAGCCGACGUUGCUGGCUCAGUAGAGGCCGUCUGCGGCACAGUUCAGGAACUUGGCAGCAAUGAAGUCCAAUCAAAGAUCCUGCGAUCUGGAGCUGGCGGCAUCUCUGAGUACGAUGUUGAUCACGCCGCUGCUUCAAAGAGUAUCGUUGUCAACUUCAAUCUCCCCAUCCUACCUCACAUUCGCCAACGCGCUGAUGAGGCUGGCGUGCGUAUAAUCGACCACAGCGUCAUCUACCACGUCGUCGAUGAUGUCAAGAAUGCCCUCUCCGAUCUACUACCGUACAACAUAACACAUAAGGUUCUCGGUGAGGCAGAUGUUCUGCAGGUCUUUGCCAUCAACGUCAGGAAGCGUGUGCAGAUGAACAUCGCUGGUUGCAAGGUUCGCAACGGCACCAUUAAGCGGACGUCUAGGGUCAAGGUUAUCCGUCGUGGAGAGGUUAUAUUUGAUGGUAAAAUCGACACGCUCAAGCAUGUCAAGAAGGACGUUAUGGAAAUGGGCAAAGGUACCGAGUGCGGUAUCGGCCUCGAAAACUUCCAUGAUCUGCAAGUCGACGAUCAGAUUCAGACAUAUGAUGAGAUCAAGGAGAAGCGAACACUGUAA